AUGUACCGGGGUGGACGCAUCCCCGUCAUAACCAAAUGCCUCCAUCCCACCCCCCCCCCCACCACCAUCGCAUCCAUCUACAACGAACGGAGCACCACCUACGAUGCCGCCAUCUUCCACCACCGCCUCGCAGAGGAGUACAUCCGCGCCGCAGCCCCCCAGCCUGGCGCUCAGGUCCUCGAUCUCGCCUGCGGCACGGGCCUAGUCACCUUCCUCGCAGAAGCGCAGGUCGGACCGACAGGGACCGUCGUCGGCGUCGAUAUCAGCGAGGGGAUGCUGGAGGUUGCGCGGGGAAAGGCACAGCGGACCGGCUCGCGGGUUACCUUCUACCAGCAUGAUAUCUCCAACUUGAGUGAUUUGGAUCUGAAUCCAAAUCCGGGAGGCCAAGACGACGGCGCAGGCCAGUUCGAUCUGAUCACUUGUGCGGCUGCCCUGGUGCUGCUCCCUGAUCCGCUUGGAGCGAUACGGAGCUGGGCGGAGCUGUUGAGGAACGGCGGCAAGUUGGUUACGGAUGUGGCGGCUCGGGAUGUACAUGUCCCUGCGCGGAUUUUUGAGUGGAUUGGGCCGCAGCUUGGGCUGUCAUUGCAGUGGGAUCAGAGCUGGGUGAAGGGUGAGGAGUCGUUGGCUGGGUUGUUGACGGAGGCCGGAUUGGAGGUCGAGAAGGUGUAUGUGAGCCCUGUCUUCCAGGUAAAGGAGUACAGGGUUGAGCAGGCGGGGGAGCUGUUCGAGCAGGCGGUUUCGGGCCCUAUGUUUCGGAAUUUUGGGGUGGGGAGUGUCAGGGACAAGGCGAAGAGGUUGUUUGUCGAGAGGUUUGUGGAAGAAGCUGGGGAGGAGGGUGUGUUGGUGGACGAGGCCAAGAUGUAUAUUGGUGUUGCUGUCAAGCGGUGA